CCAAUUCGCUUAUGCUCACAUACGUCGCUCUCAACAGUUCAUCUAUCCGACCACUCUCUCCUCGAUUAACCAACAGCGAAUACGUUCGGAGACGACAUUCUUUCCCUGGAGAAAGAACAGCAGCGGGCAAACACAAACUCUCACACACCGGACCCUACAGGUGUAGCCUAAAUAACUUUCGGUGAGAAUACCAGGUUUUCUUUUCGUUUUACAUAACAAUUACCACGUAAUUAUUUGAUUUAUGUCCAUGACAUUUGAUUAAUCCAUCCACAUUUCGGGAAAUUUACGGAAUUCUGAAGAAUGUUGCGAACAAGGAUCGCACUUGUUCAUCAAUUCCUUUUUGUAACAAUUUAGUCCACAUGUAGGCAGGCCUAUGCCACAUGAGGAUGUAUUUGAGUGUAAUUUCGAAGAUGUGAGUGUAACGUUAGUGGUGGUUUACCUGGAAUUAUUUUAACAGAAUCGUACGACAUCGUAAAUCAAAUGGAUCUUUGGGGAGUGUACCUAUUUCAUCUCGUAUUCAUUGCCCUGCAUGAGGUCCUGUCUGCAGGCAGAGACUGUCUGGUGGCGGGGGACUCAUGCUCCAGCGACGAGACCUGCAGCCCACGUCUGCGGACCCUGCGUCAGUGCGUGGCGGGCGACGGCAGCAUGAAGCUGGGCCCCGGGGCCCGGAGCCAGUGCGCCAACGCCGUCUCAGCCCUGAUUUCCAGCCCCCUGCAUGGCUGCCAGUGCAAACGGGGCAUGAAGAAGGAGAAGAACUGCCUCAGCAUCUACUGGAGUCUCCAUCAGUCUGUCAUACACGGACUCAACCUGGUAGAGAGUUACCCUUACAAAGCCGUGGAGAGAGACUACUACUCCGUUCGUCUGGCCUCCAUCACGGCUGACUCUGAGGCCAAUGUGGCGACGGUGAACCGUUGCCUGGACGCAGCCAAGGCGUGUAAUGUUGACGACCUGUGCCAGAAGCUCCGCACAGAGUCCCGUCUGGCUCAGUUCCAGUACGACUGCCAACCAGCCGAGUCGUCUGCCAACAGCUGCAAGCAGGGGAACUAUGGAGCCUGUCUACUUGCCUACACAGGCCUGAUAGGCAGUUCGAUAACUCCCAACUAUAUGGAUAACUCCACAUCUAGCGUGGCCCCGUGGUGCUCCUGCUCUGCCAGCGGAAACCAGAGAGUAGAGUGCUCCGACUUCCUGGAAUACUUCACCAACAACGUCUGUCUCGGGAAUGCUCUCCUGGCGUUUGGGAGCGGGACAGACGUGAUGCCCACGUCCAGCGAAUUGAGACACCUCAGCCCAGCCACUGGCAGAGAGAGCCAUGCCAUCAACCCUCUGCCUGAUACUGUGGAGACCACACGGAACAUUCCGGAAUCAAUUAUUACAACACAGGCCAGCGGAAAUGACCGAUUGUGGAGAGAUUCUACCCUCCCGUCAGAUGGGCUCCCAAACUCUGCCCACGCACUUGGCCUACUGCCUCCAACUUCCUUUACUGGCCUUUUGGUCCUACCUCUGGUCUUAUAUGGUCACUAAAUGAGGAAGCACUGCCAAGGACCACCCAUAAAGCAGGAGUAUUUGUUCACAAAUUCUGGAUACAUUUUUGUCUUUAGCAUAUAGGCUACUCCGUCUCCUAAACAUAUACAGCAUAGUCCUUUUCCUAUUUUUUGUGUGAGUGGUUCAAUUGCACUUGCAAGUCCCUUAGGUGUACGACUUGGAGAGACUGAGACAGAUUGGUUUCAAUCUGUAUACUUGUACAUUGUUAUCGCUUCGAGUCAAGAUGAAAGUACUUUUUAGUGGACUAACCUACCAUCCAGCUAUCCAAGCACAUCCAAGCACAGGACUAAAUUCUAAAAAUGCCAUCGGGAACUGCACGGUUAUUCCUUAAGAUCUAUAUAUAAACGGAAAGAUCACGAGAAACGGACUCUAGUGAACUGUCUUUAUUUUGUACUCAACUGCACAAACUGAUUGGAAAAGACCCUUGCGGAUAUAAGGACUUUAAUACCGCUCUCUUCGACUUGACUGAAGGAGGAACAUUGUUUCUGAUUAAUACUGGAAUGGUAGAGAUGGACAAUGGAGCUACUAUUCAUCCAUUCUGGACAAAUACACUGACUCUGAUCAUUCCAAGUGCUGUUGGCUGCAAGAGAUGUGGAAACUUUAGAAUAUGUGGGAUAGCUCUGACCUAAUGAUUAUCAUGCACGCGGUGAAGAUUGGGCUCUUUGUCAUGCUGUCAUCGCCAGUUCAUUUGUUCUCGCUAAUGCUUAGCUAAGUGUUCAUUAUAAAACACUUUCUUCUCCUAGAACUUUGUUAAAAUUAAGUUAUGAGCAAACAUGUUCUCUGUGUACAGUACCAUUGUUCUGUGUUUGUGUGGAAGGACUGCCUUCUUUUCCUCAUUGUGUAAAUGGACAUUUCUCAAAGGGUGUCUGAAUUAGUAUGCCAUAUACGAACAAGGGCUUGUGUCUGCCGAAAUGUACUGCGCUGCCCUCGGGCGGCAGGGUAGCCUAGUGGUUAGAGCGUUGGACUAGUAAACGGAAGGUUGCAAGUUCAAAUCCCCGAGCUGACAAGGUACAAAUCUGUCGUUCUGCCCCUGAACAGGCAGUUAACCCACUGUUCCUAGGCCGUCAUUGAAAAUUUGAAUUUGUUCAUAACUGACUUGCCUAGUUAAAUAAAGGUAAAAUAAAAAAUAAAAAAAUACACAUCAACCAUAGUUGCUGAAACCAUGCUGGAAUGCACAAUGUGAAAAGAAAAUAUCAGAGACAAUAGCAGAAUACAGUACAGUUUGUACAGUAGAAAGGGUAUAUGUGACCUGUUCAUGGUAAGAUGGUCAUGAAUGAUGCGAUGUUCAAUGGGGGAAGACAAUGGGUUUCUGACGACAUGGAUAAUCUAAAGUUGGCUGGGUUUACUGUGCAUUGGCAGGACAGAUAAGCUACUUCUGGUAAGACGAGGGGUGGGGGUGUGUGUAUUUGUCAAUAACAGCUGGUGGGCAAUGUCUAAUAUUAAAGAAGUCUUGAGGUGGAGCACCUCAUGAUAAGCUGUAGACCACACUAUCUACCAAGAGAGUUCUUAUCUAUAGUAUUCGUAAUCAUGUAUUUUACCACCACACAUCGAUGCUGGCACUAAGACUGCACUCCACGAACUAUAAGCAAACAAGAAAAAGCUCAUCCAGAAGUGACGCUCCUAGUGGCCGGGGACUUUAAUGCAGGCAAACUUAAAUAAUGUUUUACCUCAAAUCUAGACAACCUUUACUUCACACACAGAGACACAUACAAAGCUCUCCCUCGCCCUCCAUUUGGCAAAUCUGACUAUAAAUUUAUCUUCCUGAUUCCUGCUUACAAGCAAAAAUGAAAUCAGGAAGUACCAGUGACUCGCUCAAUAUACAGAAGUGGUCAGAUGACACGGAUACUAUGCUACAGGACUAUUUUGCUAGCACACACUGGGAUAUGUUCAGCCGAUGUGUGCAAGACCUUUAAACAGGUCAACAUUCACAAAGCCACGUGGCCGGAUGGAUUACCAGGACAUGUACUCCUGGUACACGUCCUGUCAAGUGUCUUCCCUGACAUUUUCAACCUCUGCCUGACCCAGUCUGUAAUAUAACAUGUUUCAAGCAGAACACCAUAGUCCCUGUGCCAAAGGAAGCGAAGAUAACCUGCUCAAAUGAUUUCCCUCCCCGUAGCACUCAUAUCGGUAGCCAUGAAGUGCUUUGAAAGGUGGAUAAUUGCUCACAUCAACACCAUCAUCCCGGAAACACUAGACCCACAACAAUUUGCA